CGGCCGGGGGCGGCUGCGGGAGCCCCGCCGGGGGCCCGGAGAUGGUGCGCGGGCAGGCCUUCGACGUGGGGCCUCGCUACACCAACCUCUCCUAUAUCGGGGAAGGGGCUUACGGGAUGGUCUGUUCAGCCUAUGAUAACGUAAACAGAGUUCGAGUGGCUAUAAAGAAAAUCAGCCCUUUUGAACACCAGACUUACUGUCAAAGAACCCUGAGAGAGAUCAAAAUCCUGUUGCGUUUCAAGCAUGAAAAUAUUAUUGGAAUCAAUGACAUUAUUAGGGCUCCAACUAUUGAUCAAAUGAAAGACGUAUACAUUGUGCAAGAUCUCAUGGAGACAGAUCUUUACAAGCUCUUAAAGACUCAGCAUCUCAGCAACGAUCACAUCUGUUACUUCCUUUACCAGAUUCUGAGAGGACUGAAAUACAUCCAUUCAGCCAACGUACUACACCGUGACCUUAAACCAUCCAACUUGCUGCUAAACACUACUUGUGAUCUCAAGAUAUGUGACUUUGGUUUGGCUCGCGUGGCAGACCCAGAUCAUGAUCACACUGGUUUCCUAACAGAAUAUGUAGCUACUCGUUGGUAUAGAGCUCCUGAAAUCAUGUUGAAUUCUAAGGGUUAUACCAAAUCUAUUGAUAUCUGGUCUGUAGGCUGUAUUCUGGCAGAGAUGCUAUCAAACAGACCCAUCUUCCCAGGAAAACACUACCUUGAUCAGCUCAACCAUAUUCUUGGAAUCCUUGGGUCUCCUUCCCAAGAAGACUUGAACUGUAUAAUCAACGCGAAAGCAAGAAACUAUUUGCUUUCUCUACCAUAUAAAAACAAGGUGCCGUGGAACAGACUAUUUCCAAACGCUGACCCCAAAGCUCUUGAUUUGUUGGAUAAAAUGUUGACUUUCAACCCUCACAAGAGAAUUGAAGUGGAAGAAGCUUUGGCCCAUCCAUAUCUAGAACAAUAUUACGAUCCCAGCGAUGAGCCUGUAGCUGAAGCACCCUUCAAAUUUGAUAUGGAGCUGGAUGACUUGCCGAAGGAAAAACUGAAAGAACUAAUUUUUGAGGAAACUGCCAGAUUUCAGCCGGGAUACAGAUCCUAAAUGGCAUAUGGGAUAAAGGAAUUAAAGGGCUGGGCAUACGCUUCAUAGAUGUUCUCUUCCUGGUUCUUUCUCUGUGGUCAUAUGAUGUGGCCUACUUCAGCUUAUCCACUAACAUUUCAAGCCAUUCAGGAGGGCCAUUUCUAUGGUAGUCCUGGCUUUCUAUGUUUUCAACUGAUUCUUUAUUUAUGCCUGAAGAAACGUUACCAAUACUCCUGCGUGUAAAAUCCAUACCGAUCUUUUGCAGGUACUGUCUUUCUAUAUAUACCCAUAGAUUAUAGGCUUAAACAGCUUCCCUUUCUGGUUUGAAAGAUGCAGUGUUGGUUUCUGAUCUUUUACGAUGGCGGGAUAUUUUAUACCUUGAGUCAUUUUCAUUUUCUAGAUUUUGUAAUGGCAUUUAAGAAAAAAAAAUUAAGGAACAUUGAGGGCACUUUAAGUCAGGGGCAUUCUCUACACUUUUGCACUUCUUUAAGCUUGCCAUGGUUUAUUGACAUGCACAGUACGAGAGGACGGAUUCAAGCAUACACUGUAUUUAUGUGUUUAUUUUUUCCUCUGGGCAUAAAUUAAUGCAGGUCAUUUUAAUGCUGAGACGUCUCAGCAAACCAGGCAAAAAAACCCCUUCUCUCCCCACUUUAAGAGGUCGUAGGUACUUGUGCAAUCUUAACUUUUAAUGGUACUCCUGGAUUUUCUGACACCACAUUUGCAAGAUACAUAUUGCCACCUGUUUAUCUAGAAGCAAAUCUCCUUGAUUUCAACAGGACAUGCUCCUUGCCUACUUAGAAUUUCAGUACUUUUCAGCAUGGCAAAAAUUACUUAGAAUGAAAUCUAAUAUUUGAUGGAUUUCUCUUUUGGAAACGCACCCAGGUGUAAUAUAUAUUAGCAGAGAAGCUUUGGUGAAUACUGUAAACUCCAUCCAGAUACUAGGAAUCGUUGAAGCUCACUUGGUACCUUUCCUUUGAAUGUAUGUGGUGGGCUCUGAGAAAGGAACACUGCAUCUUUAAAUAAGAAAGUGAGAAUGUCCUGUUUCCAUAGCAUGUCAACAUCUCACAUUUAUUUCCUGUAACUUUUCCUGUUCCAAUGUGCUUUCAGAAUUUAUAACUCUGGACCUCUUGUUCAGUCAACUGAUUAAGUUGCAUUAUCAAGAACGCUGACCUGGGCCCACCAAAUGAACCUGUCAUUUGGUUCCGUUUCAUCAAUACUCUGCUUUUUUUUUUUAAUGAUAGUUCUUCAAGUAUUUGUUUCUGAAACUGUAUAACGUGGAGUUUACUAGAUGUUAUGUUCCAGUGCGGUGCCUCAUUUACUUUUUUCCCCACUGCUCUGUGGUGAGAAAUGACCUUGUUUUAAGAUGAUGACUGUGUCCUCGCAUGACUGUUAAAAGCUUUCUGUGCACAGAUGAUUGUCUUAAGUGCCACAUAGCUGAAGUUGAAAAAAAAAAAGAGUUACCUCUAAUUGUGUUAAAUGAAAUUCUCCCCAACAAAGAACGUUUCCUUGGGGGGAAUAGCACGUUUUAGCUGUUCCAUCUUUUUGCUCUGUUGUAUUUUGGCAGCAGUGAAGACUAGGUUGUAUAAAGACGGCUUAAACGAUGAACUGCAAUGCCCUUGUUACUAAUCAAAAAAUAAAUUUUCAUCUUGUAUAUUUACAUUUACCUUUUCAAAUAAUUUUAUUUGCCUUUGGAAGAAUUUUUAAUGGGAAUCUUGCUAUUGUAGCUUUGGGGUUGCUUGCAUUAAUUUUACUUCCAGCGUCAUCGAGAAAGUCUUUAGCGUAGAUUCGGUGGGCCAAUCGUUAUGCAGACGUCCUGAGAUGAAUAAGAUUUUCUCUGUUAAGGAAGUAAUGUGGCAUUAUGGUUCUCAGCUUGAUCAGCUGUUAGAUAACUAGUUUCACUGGUUCACGCAGCUCGGUCCAAAAUCCCAUUUUGCUCAGUGAGACUGUUAGGAAAUAAGAAUAGAAUUGCAGUUUUGGUCACUUUAGGUGCAUCGGAGGCUGCAGAAGGUGUAUAUAAAGGUUUAUAUUGUGUUUACAGAUCACAACAUUUUAUAUUAAUAAAUAAGGAACUAACCUGCUAAACCAAACGUAAUAAAUGUGUGUCUCCAAAAGUUGCUUUCUGUUAACUCAUUUGAUCUGCUAAAAGCACAUGUUGGGAACAUUGUUGGAAAAUGUUUGACGGGUCCCAGUUUCUCUGCAGCUUCAUACGACUGUUCAGACCUCUGUACGAUCUGUCUUUGACUUUUUAACAGAGUUUACCAUAAUGGCAACUCCCAGUUGAGUUGAGUUGUACUUGGUGCUCUACUUGCAUCAUUAUUAUAGCAUUAAUGUGGUGAUUUUAGACUGUUACAAGUCAAAUGACUCUGCAGUUUUGUUACAGGAAUUGAAAGCUUUGUUGAUUUUGUUUAUUACGUUUUGUAGUAUCCACUCCACCUGCAAUUUACAAUUUGAUACAGGAAGCUAUAGACAGAAUAUACUAAAAGUUUCUGCUCUGCAGUGUUCAUUCUGUCUGUAACAUCAGAUUGACUUCAGGCCACUAACUGUUCACUAAAAGCAGAUCUUGUGACAGAACAGGAUGUCUUUUUUAAAAAAGAAAUGCUUAUAUCGGUAUUAUCUUAAUACAUUAUUUCUUAUUCCAUUUAUUUCUGUGUACUAGAAAAUAUAUUAAAAGUAAAGAAUAUGCAAUUGUAUUAAUGCUUAUUCAGAAGGCUUUGAUAUAUGGAAUCCAUAUAUUUGAGCUAAUAUGAGUCGAAUGAACCAUUUGCUGGCCAUUUACAAAAUACUUUGGAUAAGAUGAUCUUCACCUCUGAGACUAUGCAGAUCAAUUGGGCAAUAUGGAAGAUUUACUGAGUUGAUACCCAUUCUUCACAGAACCCCACUGGCCACAAGAUAUAUAAGCUGUCCAAACGUUCUAGUUUUAAAAGUAACCUCAUAGUUUACAAAGAUGGUGAUAUAAUAUGGCAGCCUACCCCCCCCGAUGUUUGGGACCACAACUCCCAGAGUUCCCUGCCACCAUGUUGGCCAUGCUGAACAUUCUAGGAGUUCUGGUUGUACCACGAUGUCAGGAGUAGACCUGGGUGUACCUUACCAAUUGUGAUUGAUUGUGAUUUAGUAAUGGAAAGCAAUAUGUAAAACCCCCUAACAGGCAGUAAAUCCCCCAAAUUGUUGUGCAGAAACCAUUCUCAGCCCUGCUGUUGGUAACUUUAAAGAUUCUAGAGUUUGAAGGUAGGAACGUUCAGACGUGUGGGCCUCGUAUUCUGCCAGUAAACAGCGUACUCCUGUUCAUGCAAGGAAUCACAGGGAUAUUUUCAAUUUCUUAAGGCUAAAUUAGUUCCUGCAGAUGCAGUAAAUUUGAAAUCCAUUUAAAAGGAACUCAGGUCAGUCAGGCCUAGCAUAAUACUUCCGAGCUCAUAAAGCAAUGUUUUGAUGCAGUUCUCAGUUGAAGAGUAACUGAAGGGUCCAAGGAAAGCCUAAACAUAAGUUUAUGUUUAGAUUUUGAGGAAGCAAUUUUCACAGAAUUACAGUAAUUGUCCCCAGCCCACGUGCCCUCCAGAGAGAUGGUUGUCAUCUCCUGGAAUUCUCCAUCCAGCUAGGCCAUUGCCAAGAAUCUGAAGAGCACCAAGGUGAGGCAAAUUGAAGUACUGAAACGUGGACCUUGAUGAAGAUCACCAUGUCAGUUUGGAUGAAAAGUAGAAGAAAUUGUGCCAUCCGAGAACGAACAUGCAAAGGUUGCAACAAGUUUAUUUACUACUUCUGCCUUUUCUCGUGGUGUGUCAGUGUAAAGCACUCCUAAGGAAAUAACUUUUUUGCUUUUAUAUUGCUUUGUACUGUUGGUGCCUUAGUCAUGUACCCCAGGCAGCCUGCAUAGCUAGUUUUAGUUAAUGGUUAAUUUAAAACCGGAAACGAAAGCAGAAUUUUAUAAAGGUUUCCCGUAUGUUACAUGAUAACAUUUCUAUUGUGUGACAGAUUUGUGAUUUGGUUCUUACGAUAUGUAUAGAAUUAUUGUAAGUAGAAAAAGUUUAUAUUUUGUCUUACUUCUGUUGUAAACGUACAUGCUUUUUAAAAAAUGGAACAGUUAAUGUCUUGUUAGUACAUGCCAUCAGAUUCUUGUAAAAACAAAUGUGAAGGAACUCAUUAAAUUUGAUCCUGGAUUACUAAAGUGA